AUGGGAUUAAAUCCUCUAAAUGGCAUUCUUCCGAAAUCCAUUGGAAAUUUCUCCAGCUCUUUUGAAGGAAUGACUGCAAGUGCCUUCCAAAUUAAAGGAAUAAUUCCUAGAGAAAUUGGAAAUUUGAGCAACUUGAUUCUAUUGGCCCUAGGAAGUAAUGACUUUACAGGGUCGAUCCCGGCUAUAUUUGGACAGCUACUGAAACUCCAGUUGUUAGAAAUUGGUGGUACUGAAAUAAAAGGCGCGAUAACAAGCAAAUUUUGUGCUUUAACAAGCUUGAGUGAGUUAAGGUUGCACAGCAAUAAGUUUUCUGGAUCAAUUCCGAGCUGCUUUGGGAACCUUACUUCAUUGAGAAUACUCCUUUUAGAUAACAAUGCCUUAAGUUCCCAAAUCCCAUUGACUUUGUGGAACCUUAAGGAUAUCACUGUUCUGAUAUUGUCUUCUAAUAUUCUAACUGGUUCUCUACCUCCAGAAAUUGGCAACUUGAAACAUAUUACACAGUUGGACCUAUCGAAGAAUCACUUCACUGGUAACAUUCCAAACACAAUUGGGCAACUUCAGAACCUGGUUAACUUCUCAUUGUCAGAGAACAGACUACAAGGUCCUAUACCCGAAUCAUUUUCUGAUCUGAUAAGUUUGGAAUCCUUAGAUUUAUCGUGCAACAGUUUUUCUGGUGCAAUCCCCAAGUCAUUAGAGAAACUUUUGUAUCUUAAGUAUAUAAAUGUUUCUUUCAAUAGACUAAGUGGAGAAAUUCCAAGUGGAGGACCUUUUGCAAAUUUCACGUACAAAUCUUUCGUGCAGAAUGAUGGACUCUGUGGAGCACCUCGGUUCCAUGUCAGAACAUGUAGAAGCGCCAAAAAAUCUUGGAAGACAGAAAUUCUUCUAAAAUAUAUCGUACCACCAAUUGCCUCCGUGGUGGUUGCAAUGGCUUUUCUGGUUGGGCUGCUAAGAUGCAAAAAGAAAAGCAGGCAACUUCCAAUCCAAUGUGACUCACCACCUGGUGGAAAACACAGAAGGAUAUCACACCAAGAGAUUCUUUACUCAACAAACUACUUCAGCGAAGACAAUUUGAUCGGUAAGGGAGGCAUUGGUUCGGUAUACAAAGGGAUGUUCACUGAUGGGAUGGUGGCUGCUAUUAAGGUUUUCAACUUGGAGCAACGAGGUGCAUUCAAGAGUUUCGAUGCAGAGUGCCAAGUAAUGCGCAACAUUCGCCACAGAAAUCUUGUCAAAAUAAUCAACAGUUGCUCUAACCUCUAUUUCAAAGCCUUGGUGCUAGAGUAUAUGCCUAAUGGGAACCUUGACAAGUGGUUGUAUUCUCACAACUAUUGCUUGAAUAUUGUCCAGAGGUUGUGCAUCAUGAUAGAUGUUGCAUCUGCACUAGAGUACCUCUAUCACAGUUGCUCAACCCCUGUGGUGCAUUGCGACUUGAAGCCAAGCAACAUUCUAUUAGAUGAAGACAUGGUUGCACACGUAGGUGACUUCGGCAUAGCAAACCUCUUGAUGGAGAACCAGUCAAUGGCACAAACAAAGACAAUAGGCACCAUUGGGUACAUGGCACCAGAGUAUGGUUCGGCUGGGAUGGUCUCCGUUAUGGCGGAAGUUUACAAUUAUGGAAUUCUGUUGAUGGAAACAUUUACAAGAAAGAAGCCGAUAGAUGAUAUAUUUCGCGGAGAACUGAGUUUGAAGCAUUGGGUAUGCGAGUCUUUCUCUAGUGAAAUACUGGAGGUUGUAGAUGCUAAUUUACUAAGAGGAGAGGAAGAGAAUUUUGCUGCCAUAAAGAUUGUUUGUCAGCCCUCUUGGGAUUAG